AUGUCUGAAGAAAUUGAACUCAAUUUCAGAACUAAGGCUAUUUUGACUCCAAAGAAUUUCAAUUCAGAGAAAAUGCUGGUCGCAAAGGUGAUAUUCGAAGAAUUAUUCGUAAUCUUUGAGUCAGAACAAAAAAUUACUGGAUAGCACUUGAGAGAACCAUGCGAAUUCGAAUAAAACUAAUUAUAUUAUUUUCCAGAUCCAAAAGGAGCCACCCUUGAAGAAUUAAUAAAAUCGAAAGCAAAUUUAUCAGUAGAAGAAAUAACUGACUUAUUUAAGUAAUUGUUGAUUGGUUUGUAUGUGUUACACCAAUAAGGCAGCUUAGGUCGAUGCUUUACAAUAUAAAACACCUACAUUUCCAAUAACCAAAUAAAACUCUCAGUAUUUGGAUUUUAUCCAAACCUUCAGCUAACACCUCCUGAAUAUCUCAAAAAUAAUGAAUAUUCACUUGGAAUCGAUAUGUGGUUGUUGGGAUGUCUGCUCUAUUAAUUAUUAACUUAAAAUGUUUUGAAUAACUUUAAGACCUUUGAUGAAUAUAAUAAAUUUUAUUCUUAAUUGGAUAAGAAGAGAAUGCCUCAGCAAUUAUCAUCCCUUGUUAUGAAAAUGUUGCAACCGGCUGAGCAGAAACGAAUUACUUUCUCAGAUUUACACACUGUCUUCAAAUGUGUCCCAAAUAACGAUCACAUAUGUCAAUUCUACAAUAAACCAUAAAGUCUGUCAAAAAUAAAAUUUUCGAUAAAAAAACGAGAAGCCUUCAAUCCUGAAUGGGCAAUUCCGAAAGAAUUCAACGAAAAAACUAAACUUCUAAUCUUCAGUACGCGAUAUCAAAAGCAGUCUCAACUCUUGAUGGAAUUACAGAAUCCCUCACCAGAUUUUUUGCCAUUAUAUAAUAAAUCUGACGAAGAGAAGAACCUCUACCCUCAAAUUUGGAGAGAAUUGCAUUUCCAUUAUUACAAGUUCUUCAUCAUGGAAGAACAAAUCAACUCUUUGGAUUCUAUUGCCCAAUAUUCAUACAUUCUUUGGACCAGAUUAUGCCUUUUGAAUAUGCUCCUUAUUCUAAAACGAGAAUUUCUUGGCCUAAUCAAGGAUCAAAUAAACUUUCUCAAAGUAUCUUAGGAUGAAUGGAAUAACUUUAUUAAGAAUUCAAAAUAAUUCAAAUAUCACUUGUCUGAACUCAAAUAUUAAAUGUAAAAAGAGUAGAAAAAAUUGGAUACCCUAUCUUUAGAAGCCGAUUGUCAAUAAGUGAAUGCUGGUUACUUAGAGAAGGCGUUGUGGAGACAAUUGAAUUUGGAUGGCGCAUUUGUGGAUACUUCCUAAUUAAAUCUAUUCGACUAAUUUAAACUCCCAUAUAGAAGAUGCCUACAAUAUUGUUAUUAUGAAUUGGAUAGGUUUAUCGAUGAAGAGGGAGAUUCAGAUGAUGGACUCUUUUACGCUAGACUAAGAUUGUAACUCAUCAUUUGCAUGACCAUAAACAGGAUUUUCGACCUGAAGUUUGAUAACAAUAAACAACAUAGGGAUAUCAAUUUUUUUGAACUCAAAAAGGCUUUAUAAAUACCUGAACUAACCUGUCCCUCUUAGGUGAAUAAAUUCUUAAAAAAUGCAACUCUCGAUCAGUUGAAGCAAUAAACAAUUGAUAUCCACAAACUAUUUUUUAACGUCCAACCUAUGUCUAGCAGAAAUCCAUCAUGA